ACUCAACAAACUUACAAUGAAAUUUGCACUAUUGCUUGCUGUAUUCCUAACUUUGGGCCUUUGCAGCGUCUGGGCUUGGCCUAAUGGCCAAAGCUCCAGAUACACUGGUCAGCCUGGCUGCCAAACGGAGCAGGAACUGCAAGUGGGCGUCUAUCGUCACUUUAAGCGCAAGGAUGCGUAUUGGCAGUGCACGACGCUAGGACAACCAGCUAGCAUGCAAUAUUGCAAGAAUGAAGAGGGCUAUUUGGAUGAUCAGAAGCAGUGUGUGCUUUGGAAGGAUUGGUAUUAUACACCCACAGUAAUGCCACCCACUUUGGCAUAAAUCAAUCAAUAAAAUAUUACAACAAUAAAAUAUGCAUGCUUAA